CCUAAUUGAAUGCCCAGUUGACGGAGCGGAGUGAGUGCACGUAAUCGGCGAUACCUACGUUUUUUCAAUUUAAUGAGACGAGGAAAUUAUUGUAAAUCGUCCUCUUAUCUCCAAGAUAUGAAAUUGCGGUUGUUAUCUAAACACUGUACCUUUCGUAUCUAAGACUACGAGUGUUGAUUGUGAUGCCGACGUAUUUUGAUUGUCUAAAGUAUUAAGUAGUGAAAAAACGAGUUGUUCUGUGUAAGCAUCCGUUGUGUUUUAUUUUGUGACAAAGAUUGCAUAAAAAGCAAAAAUGCAGGCAAUCAAGUGUGUUGUUGUUGGAGAUGGUGCCGUCGGUAAAACAUGUCUGCUCAUCAGUUACACUACAAAUGCUUUUCCCGGCGAAUAUAUACCUACAGUAUUCGACAAUUACUCGGCGAAUGUCAUGGUAGAUGGAAAGCCAAUCAACUUGGGCCUCUGGGAUACAGCCGGACAGGAAGACUACGAUCGACUCCGCCCCCUCUCUUACCCACAGACGGACGUCUUCCUUAUAUGUUUUUCGCUGGUCAACCCAGCCUCAUUCGAAAACGUUCGGGCCAAGUGGUAUCCAGAAGUUCGGCAUCACUGCCCGUCGACGCCCAUCAUCCUGGUCGGGACCAAGCUCGACUUACGCGAAGACAAGGACACCAUUGAAAAGCUCAAGGACAAGAAACUAGCCCCGAUCACCUACACGCAGGGUUUGGGCAUGUCCAAGGAGAUAAACGCUGUCAAGUAUUUGGAGUGUUCAGCGCUGACGCAGAAGGGCCUGAAGACCGUGUUCGAUGAGGCGAUUCGCGCCGUGCUAUGCCCGGUGCAGCCCAUCAAGGGCCGGCGGCGGCAUUGUAGUCUCUUCUAGAAGGGACGCGACAUCACAGCUAUCGCACAGACGUCGGAGCCGGUGUGCGCGUCAGAGCUCACACGAACAUCCAACAACGCCGCGACACACAGCUAAUGCGCCGUCAACCGGACCGCGAUACGCACACGCAAACGUUAGCGCGCACCGCCCAACGAUACGCGCGACGUAGCGGGGGUCGGUGUGUGUCAAGUCCCUAAUGUAACUUCGUUUAAUCGUACACUGAAUAUUUGGAAUGUCACUCGACUUUAAUAGCAGUAUGUAGGGUCUGUAACACACGGGGCGAGGGGUGUUGGGAGGGGGCGUCUCUUUUCAACGCUAUACUUUGGUUAGUUUUAAAUUUAGGUAUUGUUUUUGGAAAUGCGAAAAUAUUCGCAAUACAAUUUAAGAUCAUAAUUGUGAUUCAUUAUUAACAACAGACUUCUCUAAAAAUAAAAUAUUUGGAAUGUCACUCGACUUUAAUAGAAGUCUGUAGGAUCGGUAAUACACGGGGCGAGGGGUGUUGGGAGGGGGCGACUCAUUUCAACGCCAUACUUUGGUUAAUUUUAAAUUUAGGUAUUGUUUUUGGAAAUGUUAUAUUUGCAAUGCAACUUAAGAUCAUAAUUGUGAUUCAUUAUUAACAACAGACUUCUCUAAAAACAAAAUAUUUAGAUUGUCACUCGACUUUAAUAGCAGUCUGUAAAAUGAAAAUCGGCUAACAAACAAAUGAGAAAGAGAUGCAAAACGGUUUUGUCUCAAUCUAUUCAGAUAUAUAUAGUAUAGAUUAAUAUUGAUCAUUAUGGUAGAUAUACCAAAAGUUAACGAAAAGGGAUUUCGAGUGUUAUAGAUCCUUAAAGUCAACAAUUAACCAUAGACACAGAAAGAGGGAAGCGUGUCGGCUUUUUUUUUUAAAACUAAUUUGUCUAUGGCUCCUGUCAAACAAUAAGGCUGGCGUCACACUGUCAGUCAUGAGUGACGUUCCACUUAUUCAAUACGAACAAAAUGUUUGGGUGCUUUCGUCGUUUACGCGUUUUUUUCUUUUUCUUUUUCUUUGCCAUUUUACAAAAUAAUUACAUUCCUACGUUGUUGCUGAUUUAACUUGCGUUCGGUACUACAAAUUUGUUUCCCUGUAAAGAUCCCGUUGACUGUUGUCGGUGAAUUAAAUGAAAUUGUUAAAUUUUGCACGUGCACAGGUUCGAUAGUGCAUAUUGUCGUUGCAAAUUUGAAACCUAUGUGUAUAUGAUAUGUAGUUUUCGAGAAAAUCUAAUAAAACUAUGUACCUACGAAAAAAAAAAAAUUUGCAUAUAGGAUACUUUGAUCUACAAUAAAAUGCAAACCGACACUUAGGAUUUUUUAAGAUUGACGCGUAAUAAAGUGAAAUAUUGAGUGAGAUAUGCACAUGGCAGUUUUUGCUGAGUAUUCAAAAUGUUUUGGACCAAAAUAUCACCUAGGAGAUUUUAAAUUUGCAAGGACGAUAUAUUGGUUCAUCGUUUUACCUAAACAUAAAUAAAUAUAUGUUCUAUGUUUGUAGAAAUAAAGUUCAUUAUCAAGGAAACUCUCGCGAGCGCCCUCCCUCGGUGGUCACGCGGAACUUGUGCACGUGAUAUAUAUAAAAAAAAAAACAUUAUACCUAUAUAUUUUUCGAUUUAGCUAGCUUAUUUAAUGAUUUUGUUCUGCGUUGUUGUCAAUGUAAUUAAUGGGUGUCUUAUAAGUACAGUAUUUGUUUAUAGGUGAAUGUUGUAAUGAUGAUGUAUUUUCGAUUUCAAAUUUUUUGUUGCAAAUUAAAUAAUAAUAAUACACGAAUAGAUUUUGAUUACCAAAAAAUAAUUAACAGGCAACCCCGAAAGGAUAAAGGUAGAUGUUUUGGUCAGAUUACCACGGAGAAAUCCUGCGCUAAAUUAUGGUCACAAGAGUGUGUGGCGAAUUUCAUUUCGAUCAAGUUGUCCGCUUCGGGUACACACAUCGAGGGGUGAAAAGCUGUUUGGUUUAAGUGACAUUUUUGCAACUUUACAGGAGAGUCAUUUAAAGUUAAAAAUCUUGAAAAAAUUACAUAAUAAAAAAUCUUCUUCAGCUAUUUCAAUGGGAGUAAACAUAAUUGAAGUUUAAGCAAAAACAUUGAACUCUUUUAACGCCAAUACCAAAUAAAAUGCACAUUUCAUCACAAAGAUAUAUGUCGCGUAUUAAGCGAAAUAUCGCUUAAACCAAAAUAGUCUUUCACCUCAUCGAUAUAAACGUACACAGCUGUUUAAAAUAGAUUAAAUGUUUUAAUACAUUGGUCAUCGUAUUGUUUUUUGGUAAUUAAAUGAUAACAGUGCGUUGUAUAAACGAUAUUGUGUAAUCUUCGCUGGCGACGCUUCUGUGUUACGUAGGUACGUUUGUAAUUAUCAAUGAGUGUUUAUAUCAAUUCGUUUCGUAAGGCAAUCAUUAAUUAGUAGGUAGUAACCGCUUCAUUAAUGUGUUUCGUGCCCUGAAUGUUUGAUAUAUAAAUAAUUGGUGAGCUCUUUGCGAACGGCCGAUACUGUGGAUACAUAUCGUUUGUUGAAGUGUGGCCAAAAGGACAUAAGUAUGGUCAGCAGAAAAAAAAAAUUUUUUUUUUGGUGAUAAUUUAAUUUAGCAAAUUUUUUUUCGCAUACUAUAAUUACAAUAGUUAAAUUAUCAUCAAAAACAAAUGAAAAAAUUCAGCGAGCAAACAAUAUAUAAGUCUUCAAAGAAUUAAAUGGAAUCGCACAAUUGGACAAUUCAAUGUAUACUAGUUGAAUGGUCGCCGAUAUACUUUUAAAUCGAUUUGUAUCAAUUAAUCAGUACACUAUUGAUCGAUAACGAGACGAAUAAUCGUUUUGAAAAUAUAUUAUUUUAUUUUUGUCUCUAUUUGUGCGGCGAAGCACAUACGUUAUGCAAUAUAAUUGAAAAGCAAAAAAGAAAUGUAUUCUUAAUGUAAUUAUUGAAAAAUGUUUUGUUCCAGAAAACAAUGCGUUUAUACAUUUUUUACAACUGAUUUCUAUGGGUAAAAGUUGUAUUCAAGAUUUGAUUGUUUCGACUUUAAUAUUACUUUUAUGGGAGUAAACAAAAUUUAUGAAACAAAAAUAAACUCGCCAAGCAAAUGAUAUCGAAUGAAAUAGAACUGAGCAUAGAUGACAUCAAAGAUCGACUGAAACAUCGAAUGUCAAUUGCUUACUUGGAAUCGAUAUGAAUUAAAAAAAAUCAAUUAAAUCCUCCCAUCGCAAUAAAACGUUUUCGUUAUCAAUGAAUAGUCAGUUCAGUGUCAGGAGGCAUUUCUAUGUAAAUGUGAUAAAAACAGGUUUAGGCCUUAAUUGACGGCCGCGUCGCCAUAACAACACACAAGAAUUAUCGAAAAUUGUAUCAUUCUUAGACGAGUUACAUCUAGCACGAAACUCAACUAGGGAUGUGCCUCUUGUCGAUAAUACUCUGUACAGGAGAUCGAUGCUCGGCGUUGAUUAACAUCUUGGUUAUUUUAUCUUAUACGUCCUUAAGCGUCUAAAUGUACUCGCCUAGUUCCACACUGUUGUCUUUAAAUUUGGUUUCCCGCCUUUUAUGAGUAGCGCCAUCUUAAAGAACAAAUUGUUUGGGAAUAAAAAUGAUUGUGCCCAAAAACAAACACGAUUUAUUGUUUAUAAAGUUUAUUUUGGAAUAUAACUUUUAUUUUUUCGUUUACCCACCCCCGCUAUUUCCACAUGCAUUUUUAUAAAGUAAAUCACUUAAGGAAUACAAAACAUACGACGUCGUAUCAUAAAUCUAUAGCUAUUCGUAAACGGCACUAAGUUGAUUAACGCCUAAACCGACUCCUCAAAACAUGAAACUUUUUUGUAUUAAGAUGAUUAAAACGUAAGCUUUCGUAUCUAAGGUGUGUGCAAUUGUUGUUGCUUUUGUCGUAAUAUAUAGCGUCGCGUUUUUUCUUUUGUUGCCAUAGCGUGCCGCGCUUGUGAGAUUGUGAGGAGAGGCUCCUUUAAAAACGUACCAGAUUUAGAGAUCGAAAACAGUUAGCUACUAUUGGGAAUUUAUCGUCUACACGCUCCGUGCUGCCCGCGCUUUUAUCUACACACAUAAAAGUUUUCCACCCAUUACAUACCAAAACGUGGCGUAUUAUGCAAUCCUAUAAAAACGCGCUUUGUGUAAUAAUUGACUUUCUAAAGGUGUCCUUGUAGUGAACGAACGAGUUGCCUUGAGCUAGUUCGUCUACACCAGCCUUUCCCAAAGUGGGUCGUAACGCCCCCUGGUGAGCACUGCACCCCUAAAGGGAGACCCUAAAAGGCCCAGAAAAAAAGGGGCGUUGUGUAGAGGCUUGGAAGGCAAUUUGUAAUUUCAUCUAGAAGGACUCUCAGACAACGACUACGCGACUGAGCUCUCACUAUAGUGGUUUUUAAGUAGGUGAAAAAAUGGGGGCAAUAGAAAAUAAUUUUUUCUCGAAGUGGGCAGUAGACAAAAUAAGUUUGAGAACCUCUGGUCACACGUUCGGGUAAAUUUGUUUGGGACUACAUUCCACCACAAACUGCAAAGAUGGUUCGAUCUUUUCUAACUUGCUGGGAAUUUUGUAUAAAACAAGAAGCUAAUUGAAAGCGUUACUGACGAAUAAUUCUCUAUUGUUCAUACGAUCCCACUGUUGGAUGUAUGCAACCUCAGUAUUAAUCACGGAAGUAGGACGGAGCGUGAAGAUUGCUACAAAAAGUUGCCAGCGCGCGGCAUCUGCGUUAGCAUGAGCGAUUUGUCCACAAAGGACCGCUUUAUGCCGGUGCGAGCCAAGAAAAAAGUAUAUUUCGUUUUUUAUCAUCGUCCACCCCAAAAGAACAAGCUCGAACAAUUGCACAAAACGUAGCUAUAAGAUUUUAAUGUAUGUAUUGUUCAGAUGCAAAUAUUUAGAAGAAUCACCGUGUAAAUAACGAUGUAUUAGUAUUAAAAACAAAAACGAUUUAAAUUAACAAAAUUAAAAAAAAAGAUGAAUAAAGUAACGAACGCGCCAUGUAUAUUUGGUGUUGCAUUUUUUUAUAAAUAAAAAAGUAAGUCGUAAUUAGAGAGGGGGCUUCAUAUUAUGAUAAGUUUUUAAACAUAUUCAAUUUAUUAGUAUUAGUAAUUUACGUUUUACGAUUUUUGUUUUUAAAAUCCGAUAUCGUUUUGAAACCUCAUCACAUCGAUCGGUUCUCUCUGAGGCAACAUCAAACCUUUUUAUUUUUAAACUUGUUAUUGGUAUGUUACUUGUUCAAUUGUAUUUUAAGGUAACCAUUACUUUUAAAAUGUAUGUAUGUUUUAACAAAAUAUAGAGCUUUCAUUACAAACGCUUGUAUAAUGUUAACUUUUUUUUGUUUGUUUUAAUUCGAACCAGUAAACUAAUUAGACGCUGCAUAACUGUGUUACGAAUAAUGAAAAGAAAAUUGUCAAUAUUCUUCCAAAUAUUGUAAAGCCUCUGAAUAAUUCAAAAUUAUAUUUAUAUUAACUGUUCAAA